UUUAAACAUUCAUUUGGUUUAAAUCAUUUACAAUAUUAAGUGUAAGCCAUGAAUAUAACACAAAUAGAUAAAGUUGUUGACAACUUUCUUGUGUCCAAAUUUGGAGAGAUUGUUGGUACCGAUUCUUUUAUAUAUUAUUGGGGUUAUGAGUUUUGGGAAAAUGGUGCCGAUCCCCGAUCUCAGGACUAUUUUUUGGUCGGCAUAUCUCACAUUGGUUUUCAAGCUAUCAUAGCUCUCUAUUUGGCAACUGUAUUUAUACUGAUACCUGAAUUUAUGAGAAAAAAACGGCCCUAUACUCUAACUAAAGCUAUGCUAUUUUAUAAUGUAUUUCUGGUUAUAAUAAACGCCUAUUUCUGUUUACGAGUAUUAAUAUUUACGACAAACUUUGGUCGCGAAAUGUGGAACUUUACGAACCCGAAGAACGACACGUCCGAGAAGGCCAUGGAUUUUAUAGACGUUGCCUAUUGGUACUACAUCUCGAAAAUUGUUGACUUUUUUGAUACAUUUUUCAUGGCUUUCAAAAAGAAAAAUUCUCAAAUAACAGUUCUACAUAUAUGGCAUCACAUGUCAAUGGUCGGCGCCGGUUGGAUGUAUAUGAAAUAUAAUCCAUAUAUGCCUACCUGUGCUAUUAUACCCAUCGUAAAUGGUUUUAUUCAUGUGGUUAUGUAUGGCUAUUAUGCAUUGGCAUCAUUAGGUCCAAAGUAUCAGAAGUAUCUCUGGUGGAAGAAAUACAUCACUCAAAUACAAUUGUUUCAGUUUAUUAUUCAUGUGAUUUGGUUUUCAAUAGUCACAAUCAAACAGACAGAUAUGCCAUUGGGUUAUUUGGUCGCAAAUCUCGGCAAUGCUAUCGCACUGUUCUCUCUAUUCAUGAACUUCUAUCUAAAAGCUUAUUUCAAAAAUAAGAAAUUAGUCAAAAAGGAUUAA